UAACUUGACACAGAGUAACGAGAUGGGCCAUACCCCUCUGCACCUUGCCGCCGGCUUGGGCUGUGACGAUAUGAUGCCCCUGAUUCUUCAACAAGGGGCUGUCGUGGAUGCGCUGGAUAACCAGCGUCGGACUCCCUUGCACCUCGCAGCAACCGUAGGUUCUUGUCCUGCGGUGGAAGUGCUAUUGGCUGCCGGAGCGGACCUGAGCCUCCGCUCCGGUGAUAACAACGAAUCAGCGUUGGAAACGGCUGCCAUUAAUGGGGACGUGGAUGUAGUGCGAGCAAUGGUGCGGCACGGGGUGGACGUUAAUGCUCGCGACUCUCAAGGCCUCACUGCGCUACACGCGGUCGCUGAGAGCAAUCAGGCAGGCGCGAUCGAUGCGCUUGUCGAAGCAGGAGCGCACGUCAACGCUCGGGGGAGGGGGUGGAAAGGAGGCUGCAUUGGCCCUGCUGAGGAAUGGUGCGGACGUUCACGAGCUGGCCAGUUAUCACCGCACUGCCCUCCAUAUUGCGGCCAAAAGAGGACACACUACCGUUGUCAAUGCCCUUCUGGACGCUGGCGCGAGGCUUCAUCUCCGCACAAAUAAGUACGACAGCGGAGAUACGCCGCUAGACUUGGCCGCUAAGAAGGGACAGUCGCCAUCGUUCAACGGCUAAUCCGGCACGGUGCCAGGUUGAAUGCCAGAGACGCAGAUGGGUUGACUACCUUGCACAAGACUGCCUCCGAAAACGAGCCUGAUGUGAUCGAUACGCUAGUAGCAGCAGGGGCUGAAGUGGAUGCCGUUUAUCCGGAGAGCGGCUUUACGCCCCUCCACGUAGCGUCCAUCGACGAGUGCUCCGAGGCCGCCCGCUCUCUUUGGAAG